UGGAGAAUUUUUGAUCAGAAGAGGCUUUUCUCCGAAGCAGAUGAAAUUAACGAGGCCUUCCUUCUCUUUUGAAUUCUCCCAGAUGACGGGAUUGUGAUCAAAACUGAGGAAGAGGAGGAUCCGGACACCCUGGAGCCAUAUGCCAUGUUCUCCGGUAGAGCAGAGCAGCCGCUUUUCCAGAAUCACGACUCGGGGACAACCUGCGAGGCCCAUUGCAGUUCCAAAAUGCAACCGAGAAACCCAGUCGGAACCAGGCCGGGGCAGUCUGCUCCCUGCGAAAGAGACUCCGGUGAAAUGAAGACGGUCAUUGUCCACCAGAGAAACCGCACCAGGGAAAGACCUUACCUCUGCCCGGAGUGUGGGAAAAGCUUCAUGCUGAAGAUCAACUUUAUAAUUCACCAGCGGAACCACCUCAAAGAGGGGCCCUAUGAAUGCCAUGAGUGCGAUUUAAGCUUCAGGAUCAAGCAGCAGUUUCUCCUGCACCAGCGCAGCCACACGCGAAGGGGGGUCGGCCCGCCCCGGCGGGUGGAGAACUUCCGAGACAAGCACAGCCUCAAGCCAGAGCCAAGAACGCCUCCGGCGGGGAAACCCUACAAAUGCUCUGAGUGCGAGAGCAGCUUCAGCCACAAGUCAAGCCUCAGCAAACACCAGAUCACGCACGUGGGGGAUCGGCCAUACACGUGCAGCGAGUGCCGGAAGAGCUUCCGCCUGCAGAUCAGCCUCAUCAUGCACCAGAGGAUCCACACUGGGAAGAGCGAGAUGUCCUUCAUAUGCCCUCAGUGUGGGAAGAACUUUAGCCGCCCCUCCCAUCUCCUCCGGCACCAGAGGACUCACACGGGGGAACGGCCCUACAAAUGCACCCAGUGCGAGAAGACGUUCAGCGAGAAGUCCAAGCUCACCAACCACUACCGCAUCCACACGCGGGAGCGGCCGCACGCCUGCACCGAGUGCGGCAAAGGCUUCAUCCGCAAGCACCACCUGCUGGAGCACCAGCGCAUACACACUGGCGAGCGGCCCUACCACUGCGCCGAGUGCGGCAAGAACUUCACGCAGAAGCACCACCUGCUGGAGCACCAGCGGGCGCACACCGGCGAGAGGCCCUAUCCCUGCACGGAAUGCACCAAGUGCUUCCGCUAUAAACAGUCCCUGAAGUACCACUUGAGGACGCACACGGGGGAGUAGGGGCCAGUGGGCGCUGCAUCCCGCCUGGGCAUUUGAGCCAGGAGUCUGUGUGGAUGGAAGCCGUGGCGCAACGCUGCGUAGGGACUGGUAAUGUGAUUUAAAGCAAAUAACAGGCAGUACCAUUGAACAGAACCGAAAAAGCUAAUUUAGGGUAAAUAUUCAUACUGUACAGGAUAUUUUGCUGAUGUAGGACUCUAACUGCUUUUUAAAUAUUCCUUUUGAUAAUAAAUGUGGAGUAACUUUUAUUUCAUAAGCAAA